CGGCCAGAUGGGCGGGGUAUAAAUAAUAUAUUAUUAUUAUUAUUAUUAUUAUUAUUAUUAUUAUUAUUAUUAUUAUAUGUUAACUGGGUUCCAAGCAUCUCCAAGCCUGCCCAUCUCUGAAACUAGAAUGGAUUUCUGAUCCAUUCGAGAUCCCCAUAAAAAAGCAAACACAAGCAAGUUUUGUAUUUUUAAUUUUUCAGUUGGUUUGUUUACUGGUACCUUCCCUACCUCAUAAAGGAGCUAUUUCAGAUAUGCACAGGCCACUUCUUCCAGCUACUCAAAGGAGCUAUGUUGUUUAAAAUCAUAUAAAAUCAGUGUGGUAACAAAAUCAUGAAACAAAACUGCAAUCGUGUUUUAAAACAGCCCUGAAUCUACUAAAUCAACCUGCCUGCAAAUCCCCCUGCCGCAAAAAUAAAUUAGUCCCAACAGUAAACAGUAAAAGGCAGGCUUCUCACCUCACACAUAGUUCGCCUCUUUCCUGUUUAUACCCUCACAACAAACCUGUGAGGUUGGUUAGGCUGAGAGACUGUGAAUAAGCUAAAGGCCACCCAGUGAGCUUCAUGGCCAAAUGGGGAUUUGAACCUUGGUCUCCCAGGUCCUAGUUUGACUCUAACCACUGCACCACACUAGCUAUACAGUGGUACCUCGCUAGACGAAUGCCCUGCUAGACGAAUUUUUCACUAGACGAAUGGGUUUUGCGAUCGGAGGUUGCCUCGCAAGACGAAUUCGUUUUGUGAAAAAUUCAUCUAGCGAAUCGCGGUUUCCCAUAGGAAUGAAUUGAAGUUCAAUUAAUGCAUUCCUAUGGGCAAAAAAUAAAAAUAAAAAAAUUCAAUGCAUUCCUAUGGGAUUCGCAAGAUGAAUUUUUUGCAAAAAGAAUUGACUCACAGAACGAAUUAAAUUCGUCUUGCAAGGCUCCACUGUAUUACCCUUUCUGUCAGGGAUUUGGAGAUUUUUUUUUUUAACUGUUCAAUCUUAUUUCCGGUGGGUAAACCCAAAUCAACUGGUGAAUAUUUAGACAGGGGGCGUGGGUUUUGUUGUUGCUACUUAUCCCUGCAAUGGACUUCCCCCAAAGAAUUCUGGAAACUGUGGUUGCUCCUCAGAGAUUUACAAUUCCCAGUGUCAUUAACAGCGCCCAGAAUUCUUUGGGGGAAAGUCAUGUGUUUUGGAUGUGUGUUGGAUGUGCUUCAAAUGUAUGGUGUCGAGCUGCCCUGUGGCUGUCCAGAAUGGAGGUCCCUUUGGUGGUGGGCCCCAGGAGGCCCCACGGCCAGCCCUGCAGGGUGGUGAUGAUGCCAGCCCUCCCGGGAACAACAGCAAGCUGCCUUUCAGGGCGAUUUCGGCCAUCUGUCAAGAGGCACCGCCAUUCCCCAGGCUGACUCUCAACCCUUUCCCAGUUCCUCAGGUUCUGAAGAGCUGCACAGAGUUUGUGGAGAAGCACGGAAUCGUGGAUGGGAUCUACCGGCUGUCGGGAGGUUCCUCGAACAUCCAGAAGCUGAGGUUGGAAUUUGACAACGACCGGGGCUCGCCUGACCUCAACUUGUACCUCCAGGACAUCCACUGCGUGAGCUCGCUCUGCAAAGCCUACUUCAGGGAGCUGCCCAACCCGCUCCUCACCUAUCAGCUCUAUGAUAAGUUUGCUGAUGCUGUGGCCAUCCAGAUGGAAGAGGGCCGGCUGGAAAAGAUCAAGGAUGUGCUGAAGGAACUCCCAGCGCCCCACUACAGGACUUUGGAGUUCCUGAUGAAGCAUCUAGUUCACAUGGCCUCUUUCAGCUCCGAGACCAACAUGCAUGUACGGAACCUGGCCAUUGUCUGGGCUCCCAACCUGCUCAGGUCCAAGGACAUUGAGUCGUCUGGCUUCAACGGCACAGCGGCCUUCAUGGAGGUCCGCAUCCAGUCCAUUGUGGUGGAGUUUAUCCUCACCCACGUGGAUCAGAUUUUCAAUAAUGUCCCUCUCUGUGCCGGGAGCCGGGAAUCUCUCAGGAAGUCCCUUCUCCUUGCGGGCUCACCGGUGACCUUUAGCGACGAGAAAUACUCCUUUUCCUGCAAUAUCCCAGCUGCGCUGAACCAGGGGGAUGGCCCACCACAGAUGCGACCCUACCACACCAUCAUCGAGCUCAACGACAACAAAAGAAAAGGAUCCCUUAAGGCAAAGAAAUGGAAGUCAAUUUUCAACCUCGGCCGAUCCAGCCAUGAUGCCAAACGCAAGUUGAACAAGCCGGAGGACAAAGAUGACAAAAUGGGAAAGAUGCGUCUACGGCCGGCCAAAAGCAUGGAUUCCCUCAGCUCCAUGCCAUGUGCCAGCGAUGAUGACAUUCAGCUGGGGAGGAAGAUCUCCCAGAAGCAGCUCACUCUGUGCCGUGAGAGUUUUGAUGGCCCGGCUUCUCUCGAUAACAGUUUCCUGCUGUCGGAGUCCGAGGAGUAUACGGAGAGGCCCAAGGCUGAAGAAGCACAAGGCGAGUCGGAGGGUGAAACCACUGCCAAGUCGGAGCCCACCACCCCGAAAGCCAGCAGGUCCAGCCUUGUCGGGGUGGCCCCUCAAGGGAGAUCCCCCAAAACUGGGCGGAACCGCGCGGAGAAGUGCGCCGGCGUCCACAUCUCUGGGCCUUUCUCUGUCACAGUCCCAUUCCACAUCACUUCCAACCUCAGUUUGUCCCGGCUAACGCGGGGGCUCGAGUGCCCUGCCCUGAGCCACUGUGCCUUGGAGAAGGACCCUCCUGAGACCUCUGGGGCCAAAGAAGAUGAGCCUUCUAAGCAGAAAGAAACUGAGGAGAAGCUGGUGCCUGUCACAAACAAGGAAGACGCUGGAUAUGCAAAGGCAGGAGGCCUGUCUGAUUCGGAAGAGAACCAGAUGUCUUUGGAGGUCCAGGACUCCUUCUCUUUCCUGGACAGCCAAGAUGCCUGGCUGGGUGAAAGCAUGGAUGGAGACCAGCCCCGGAAGAGCACCAGCAUAGUGCCUGAUUUUGCAGGCAGUGGUGUGGACAGUUCUCCACUCACGGAGGACGACAUGAGCAGUGGGUUCAUGAAUGAGAUGAUAGGAGGAGGGAUGCAGCUGGAGAUGUUUCCAGCUGUUUCAGCACUAGAUUACCUGUCCAUUGAGGAGUGUAUGAACGAGCACUCGGAAGAGGAAGAUGACCAAUAUUAUCUGGCUGUGGGAUGUUCAGAUGGCGAAGAGGUUUCUAAGGAGGUUGACAGUGAAGAGGUCUACUUGAGUGCUUUUGAUGACCUCAGCCCCUUAGCUGGCAAAUUACAGCAUUUCCAGCAGCCAGAUGAAGACCAGGCUCUUGAUGACACCCAUCUCCCAAGGAGCACGUUGGACGAUCAGCCCUUCAGUCUGGCCGGACAGCCCUCACCUGAAGACCCAGACAGCUCCCAUCUCUUUGAGGUUGGCAGGGAGCCUCUCUUGGAUGGCCCUCCAGUUCACAACUUCAGGUUAGAUGAUUCCCAGCUGGAUCCAGAUUCAGCCAAUCCAUCUGAAGAAGAGUUGCAGGCCUUCCCAGAUUCUGCUACUGAUUUCAGUCAGUUGGAAACACUCAUGAAGGCUGAAUCUGAGACCACCCAGGUAGAUCCAGGCUUGGCAGCGUUGCAGAUGGAAAGCAUAAACACCAGAGGUGAAGAUGACCUGCUUCUAGGAACAGGGUGCUUGAUGCAUCCCAAAUGCCCCGAUGGAGUUCCAGAAAACCCUGUGCAAAGAUCUUCGGUUCAAGAGAAUCAAAACCAUGCAGCCCAACCGAGCCUUGAAAAUGAGCAGGAACGACACAAUGCAUUAGGUAUUGAGCAGGUUGCUAGAUCUCCUUGCAUCCCCAGCAUAGCGGCUGAUGGAUCUACCGUGGAGGUAGAUGGAUUGUCUGACUGGCACCCAGACUAUGAGUUCCCAUUUCAAGAGGCAGAGCAGCUACAGAGGGGAGAGACUGCUCUUCAUCCUCAGGCAGCAGCAGCUCUUUCACCCCUGGAUGUCUCCACUUUGCACAGAGCUCCACUUUCCUCUUUGCUGGACAAUUGCUCUGAAAACGCUUCUUCCGAGAUGUCUCCAAUGCUUGCGUUGAGUCUUGAGCCAGGUGCUCCACCUGAGAGAUCCCCUCCUGAUGGCUCCUCGCCUGACAAUUGCAAUGGGUCUGAAGCCUCGUCGCUUGGGGCCCCUUCUCUGCAGGGCUGCCCAGAAAGUCCUCCACAGACACCACCGCAUUCAAUGCCAGCGAAAGCCUACGAUGCCCUCAAGCACGACCUCUCUGACGGAAGCGUCUCCAUGAGGUUGACCUCGCAUGCCAUCAGAGUGCAGCAGGCGAAAUCUUUCCCGGUCGUGCCUCCGAAACCCCAGUUUGCCAAGAUCCCUCCGUCCUUAAUGCCAAUAUCUCCGACCAAGGAAGCCUCCCUCAUGUGGUGUAGCCCACCUGUCCCAGAAAAGAACUGUAGAAACGGGAUAAAAGAGGGGACCAACGAAGGCUCUCUGCGCAGGCCCCUUCGCCCAGCCAGCCUGGACAUACAUUGCAACACCCCCGAUAGCAUGGAAAAUGUAAAAACUCCCCCAGCUUCUUCCAAGCUACCCACCUCUCCAGGUAUCUGUCUUGGCGAUUCAGGGGCCCUGCGAAAGCAGCGGAAUUCCAUGCCUGUGAGUUUAGAGAAAUAUGACAGAGAUUAUGAGAGCAGAGGAGGAGACACAGUCCCAAAGCUACUGCACUCCCCACUGGACAAAUACAGCCUUUGGCCCAAGAGCAGUGAUGACCUCCCUAAUACAAAGUGCUCUCUGCUAGAAAGUUUGGAUAAACACAGCAGCAGCACUACCACCACCAAGGGUGAAGAAGGGAAGGGUGAGCCCUGCCAAAAGCAACUUCCGGUGCCUCUAUUGCUCAGCGAGGCUGGUGGGGCUGCCCUCCAGAAGCAGAGAUGGGCCAGCUGGCGCAACGGGAACAGCAUGUCGUUUGACGAGGCCGUCGCUCUUGCCAAGGAGAGGCACGUGGGCCAGUCCCCGGUGAGGAGGAUGCAGACCUACUGUUUUGGCGACAUGGAGGGGCUGCAUGGCCCUCCCAGAACAGAGAGGCCUCCCCCGAACCCCAAGCCCGCCCUGAAGCCUCUGGGGCAGCGGCCCCUGAGACCCCCGGCCUGCGCAGGCACAGCCGCAGAUGCCCUUGUCCCGGGGAAGCCGCUUCUUGCUCCAGCGUUGCCUGACAUCAUCCCAGAAGGCCAACUCUCUCCAAACCUGGAAGCUCUGUCCCUUCCUCAGGAUCUCCCGCCAAGGAGAAGACUGAGCUUGACGAAAGCAGGGCGGCGUGCGUCCAACUCGGAAGAGGUGCUUUUAGCAGCACAGCAGGAGCGGAGGUGAUUUGCUUUGGCAGCCGGUUCCCAAAUCUGGCCUUCAACUGUGCUGCCUGGUGCUGCUGUGACCUUGGACUUCUGCACUGAUGUGGCACCUCCCCACCCACCCAAUCAGGACACAAAGGACUGAAGAAGAGUCUUGCUGGAACAAACUAACCUUAGCUAAGAAUCAUCUCUGCUUCAAUCAGAGACCAGCCAGAAGUCCACAAGCAGGGCCUGCGAAAGCAAGAGCUGCAGGAGCCGCACCCACGGGUGAUACAACCAAGGGCAAGGGCAUGUCAUGUGGGUGCUACAAAUUGGGGUAGCUGCUCAGAUUUGAGUCCUGUGCGGUAGGUAGGGUGGUAGAUAGCGAUGUAGAAUAAAUGCUAUUGUGAGUGAGUAGGCUUAAAUUGAUGCAACGGAAAUGAGUAAGAGAAAAGGAAAAAAAUACUGCAAAUGUACCAUUCUGAAAUGUGCGCAUCUUCUGUGCAGGCAGGCAUCCCCUUAACUAUUAACACAUAUUGGAUGGUUGCAUAUAAAGCUUCCCUUUAAUCAGUCAUAGCUUCUCCCAACAAAUUAUGGGAAACGUAGUUUGUUACAGGUGCUGAAAUCUGUUAGGAGGCCUCUAUUCCCCUCACAGCAGUACAAUUCCCAGAGUACCCUGUGAGGAGGGAAUGCCAGUAAAAGCACUGUAAGAACUCUAGCCGUGGGUGGGAAUAGGGGAUUCUCCUACCACCCUUAACGUACUAUACAGCCCCCUGGAUUAUUUGGGGGAAGCCAUGGCUGUUGAAAACUGUAUCAUGGUGCUUUAAAUGUAUGGUGUGAAUGAGGCCGAAGUUGAACUGUUAUAUAGCCUACAUCCCACUCGGCUUUUACCCUGAAGGCCUGAAUGUACUUAUAGACGCAAGAGACAAAUUUCUGUUUAGCUCUCUCUUUAAACAUGGAAGGAUACUGAGCGAGAUCACUGCCUUGAAGGUUGAGGCUGUCAUAAUAUUUUACAAACUUAUUUGGAAGGAAGUCCCGCUCAGCAAUGUGAGACUUACUUCUAAGUAAUAUAAAAUGCAUAGGAUUUUGCACGUAGACAUGCACAUGGGAUCAUGUUUGUUACCUAGAGGCUCUCAAACGUCCCAGAAGCAAUGGGUGACAGUUACCAAACAAAACAGUGUUUCUCCACUAUGAAUUGGAAAAUAAAUGUCCAUGCUGUUUGGUUGGUACUAAUGAAUAUUUGUACGUGGCUGCCAUGAUGCUGCACUCAAGAAUUUGCAGAACAUAAUAUGGGGGACACAAGCUAGCCCACAUGGGCUUUGUGGAUGACAGAAUAUCCUGGAUCCUGAUACUAGGGGUGGCUUGUUAGUCCAGCCUUUGCCAACCUGGGGCCCUCCAGAUGUUUUGGACUACAGCUCCCAUCAGCCCCAGCCAGCAAAUGGACACAUGGUGGCUGGGGCUGAUAGGAACUGUAGUCCAGAAAUAUCAGGAGAGCCCCAGAUUUGUAAUGCCUGUGUUAGUCCCUCUUUCCAGUAGAGAGCCCAAAGGAAUACUGUUACAUGAACUUUAUUCACUGGCUUAAUAUCAGUAACGUUUUAUCUCAGAAGUCCAGAUGUUUUGCCUCAUGAUUCUCCCUUUUACACAGGAAAAAAAGCAAUGGUAUUUAACUCAAUGCAUUUUCAUAUUCAGAUGUCAAGUGCAGGCUAUACUCGGUGUGUGUGUAUUAAAUUCAGAAAGCAGAGCAUUUGAAAAACACUUAUCGUGUCUGUGAAACUGUUUAUUGACCCCGCUUAGGAACGGCUUGUUUAAGCGGCCUAUUGGGUGACUGAAGUAUAAAAAAGAUAGGAGGAAAUGUAUGUGGAUAGCCAAAUAGUACCAAGAUUAGCAUGCCAGCCAAGAAAAACCUGUCCUGGUUUGUAUAUGGAGUGUGGAAAAGGGGGCAGAUUGGUCACUGGUGUGAGAAUGGGGGUGUUACAAGGACUGAGUUGUUCCCAUUUUCAAAUGCUGUAAAGUGUGUGGGGUUUGUCUAAUCCUAACUGGUGGCACUUCCUCAUAGCAGGUUAGUGUAGACUUAGGUCAUAUCCACACCACACCAUACAUUUAAAGCACAAUUAACACACAUGGCUUUUCCCAGAAAACUCCUGGGGAUUGUAGCUUACCCCUCACAGAACUACAAUCCUCAGCACUCUUAACAAACUACACUUCCCAGGAUUCUUUGGGAGAAGCCAUAUGCUUUAAAUGUGCAUUAAGUGUAUGGUGUGGGUGUGACCUUGGUGCUGCCCGUGCAGGUUUAGUGGUAGAGUCCAAAAGAUUUCCGUCAGAUGUGGUAAGCAACGCUUUUCUUCGUGGCUUCUUCAGCUAUUCUUCAGUAGCCAUCAAUAUUUUUUAACACUUAUGAAAUUGUUUAAAAUAGCCGCAUCAACGCCAAUGAAAAAAGUUUGCAAUAAAUCUUCAAGGUCUUGUGAUGCCUAAGCCAUACCUCAACAUUUGAGACAAUUUGAUCUAGUGGAAUCUUUACUACUAGAUCUACUGUGGAGGUUUGGGUUAGCCUAAUGCAUUUUUAAAUUUGCUGUGCUGGUGUUUUUAACAGGUGUCUUGAUAUUUUUUACCUGCUUCUGGGGCACAACUCUGGCAUGAGGCUGGCCUCAAGUGAAGGUGUUGCAUUUGGGCUUUUAAAUCUGCCCAGUCAUGCAGUUUAGUGAGUGGACUCGAGUCAAGUUGCCACAAGUCACCCUCCCUCUGCCUAAACUUUUGUAGAGUUGGUGCAGUGUACCAGCUAAGACCUGAGCUACAAAACAGGAAAUUCUUGGUUCGGAUCUUGCUUCUGCCAUUCACUCGUUAGUUGUAGGCGAGCCAUUCUGCCUCAGCCCUCUCGUCUACAACAGUGUGAAGCAGGUAACGAUACUGAUCUACUCUGCAGGGUGCUUGUAAGGGUUACAACAUUUUGCAUCAUCUCAUGCUGCUAGGUGGAAGGUGGGAAAGAGUACCAUCUGCUAUCACUAGGGAGAAGCAUUAACAUCACAGAUUCCUGACCCCAGUGGCUCUCUUUGUCACCAACAGAAGAGCAGCAACUAUGGGUUCUAUUUUUGUAAUGCUUUCAUCUGUCAUGAGCCUCUUUGAAGGGAAGGCUGGGUAUAAACCUUUAAAACAAAUAAAAUCAUAUUUGUAAAGUGCUUUGAACAUUCACAAGUGCUACACACUUGUCAAUACAAUUGUCCUUAAUGAAGUACUGGGUUGGAGGGCAACCACAGGAUAAAAGUCCAAACCGGAAUAAUUCUUGUAAUUCUACCUGUAUCCAGUUUCCUAUUCCAACCUAAUGCCAUUUUCAGAGAAGAAAAUUAUCCUGAUCCAAAAAGAAAAAAUUAUUUGCAAGUUGCCAACAACCAAUAUGACCUAUAUGGAGCUGCUUCCUUCAAAACAAAACACAGCAAAGGCCACCAUAGUUUGCACUGAUUAUGAGAACAUAAGGAGAUCAUAAGACACUGGAGUCCUUUACCAAUCAAAAAGGAUUUAAGGUUAAAUCAACACCAUACAGAUAAAACAGACACCACACACUUUUAUAGCACAUGACUUCUCCCAAGCAUCCUGGGAACCGUAGUUUGUUAAGGGUACUGGGAAUUGUAGCUCUGCGAAGUAAAGUCUUGAGUUUUAAAUAUGAGUUGGGUGUGCUUUAAAUGUACAUUAAGGAUCUGUCAAAGAGUAAGCAGAGGAAACUUGUUGCCCACAACAAAGAUGGCAACACUAGGCAAUGGUCCUUCCUUAUUGGUUAGAGAUGAGCCAACCCCAUGUUUGACGUUAGAAAUUGACAGCUGAAGGCAGCGCCCUUCGCUAAGAUGGCGGCCACCGGAAGU